UCAUUAGCCUGAUUUUUCAAAAGCAAACGUGUCAGAACCUGUGCUCUCUCUUUUUCUUGAAAAAUGAAAAAAUAUCACUCCAGUAGCCAUCUCAUCAUCACCGUCCAAAACAAAUCAACAGAGAACACGAGAAGCCUCCAAGCCCAAAAAAAUCCAGGAUUGUAGCUAGUAAUAUCUUUGUUCCUGAACUUUCCAUACUCAAGAUAUUUUUCAUUGCCAGCCUUCUCGAACAUUCCAUAUCACGUAAUUUGAUACUUUCUAGUACUACAAUCUUAUUCCAAUUUUCUAUGUAUAUAUAAGUGUUCGAACAUCAAUUCUCAUGAAGUCACCAUCUUGUUACAAAUACAAGCCCAACGCUCCCAAGACUACGGUAAAGUGGAAUACGUUCUGAGAGCUUGGCUGGCUAGCUUACAAGUUUUGAUGGGGGCUGAUCAGCAGCAAGGGUUACCGUCUUAUUACAGCAUUCUUGGUGUUAGUUCUGAGUCUUCUAUUAAUGAAAUAAAGUGUGCUUAUCGCAAGCUUGCUAUGCAAUGGCAUCCUGAUAGGUUGACAAGAACACCUUCGCUUUUGGGUGAAGCCAAACGUAAAUUCCAGCAAAUUCAAGAAGCCUAUGCGGUGUUAUCCGAUCAUAGAAAAAGAACAAUGUAUGAUGCAGGAUUAUAUGGCCCUGAAGACCAAGAAGAUGAGGGCCUUUCUGAUUUUGUGCAAGAAAUAUUGAAUCUCAUGGCCCAGGAUAAGAGACAGGACAAGAGUUACAGCAUGGAGGAGCUGCAGGCAAUGCUCUUGGAAAUGGCUCAGGGAUUUGAAACUUCAUCGUGGUACUGUACACCCUCAAUUCUUGAAGAACCUAGAAAUUCAAAAAGGGCAAGGUGUGAUGCAGAUCCAAUGAUGGACAGGGGAAGUUCGCAUUUCAGUCUUUCGGGCUGGGGAGUGUAUGGUUGUGGCUAAGAGAUCAACAUUGUUUAGCUGAGAGCAGCACUGUUUCUUCUCAAAUCGCAAACAUUUUUCUGAGUUGUGGUGACAAGAAUAUAUGCUCUUCAAAUGACCAUGCUGUUGCUUGCUUGAAUUGUUGGACUGGUGCUUGGGGCUACUGGAGAAGUGGCUGGUGGAAUGGUUUGGUUUCUUAAUCAAUCCUUUGCUUUCGUUGACAGCAGAUGUAUAUAUUUGUACCAGCAGGAAUAUCAAACAUAUCCAUGGAAUCACUGCCUGUCCCCUCUACAUGUUUGAGUCCAGUGAUGGUAGCAUUUCGGUUUUGAACUCUGAAAUGUCUGUGUGUUUUGACUUUUGAUAGACGUCUGGUCCGUCUGGGCUUCGGUUCCGAUUGUAUAAGAUGUUUGAAAUGUAGAUUGGUCUGACGCCAUGGGUUUUAUGGUGAUUGAGCCCAUUGCACUGGGCUAUCACCGACGUGGGAAGAAAACUACAUGGCUUAAUCUCU